GCAUAUCUUUCUUCCCUCGCACAGCCAGAUUCAUCAUGGCCGCCGAGGCAGCCGUAAGCAAACGGGAGUGGUACGAGCGACCCGUGAUCCGUCCGUUUCCCCGUCCCGCGAGUCCACGGCCGCCCCGCCCACCACCCGGCCCUCCAUCGCAAGCAGCCGGGCCGGAACUCGGAAGCUUCUGCACCCUCUCCCACGCAGCCGCUGACGCAGCUCCGCAGCGGCGGCGUGGCACGCUCCGGCCGCCCACCUCGCAUCGCAUCGCAGCCUGACGAGGAGGAGCGCUGCCGUGGCCGUGGGGCCAGCCGGUCAAACCAACAUGUCUGACCAGGCCUCCCCUCCCCUUCGCCCCCAACUCCCCCACCUCCUCCACCUCGCUGCCUUCUUCGCUUAAAAGCUCCGGCCCCGACCGAAUCCACUCUCCUCCCCGAGGACCCCAACCCGCGGCCGCCACCAAACCACUCCACCCCCGCCUGCGUUCCCGUCUCAUCAUAACACCCGCCCGGCCGGAUUCCUUCUCACUGGUCUCCAGCGGCGCACUGACGCGGCGUUGAUCGGCGGGCGAUGGAGAAGACGAAGCUCCCGCUCCCGCUGGUGCACAGCGACCGGCUCUGGGCGCGCCCGUGGCGGUGGGCCAAGACCGCCUUCUUCAUCGUCGCCAUGCUCGCCUCGCUGCUCCUCGUCUGCGCGCCGCCGCUCCUCGUCGUGCUGCUCGACCUCCUCCUCCCGCCCGCGCUCCUCUCCAACUUCCUCCGCGCGCAGGCCCACUCCCCCGCCGCCUCCGCGUCCUUCGCCGCCUCGCUCGUCGAACAGGCCAGGGCCUUCCGCUUCGGCUCCUCGCUCGUCGACCUCCCCGCGGUCUCCGCCGCGCGCUCCCUCCUCAUCCUCUGCGCCUACACCGCCUGCGGCGGCGGCGCGGCAUACAUGUGGGUGGCCGUGGCAUGCAGCGUCGGCUCCCUCUGCUACGUCCUCGCCAAGGCCGUCGCAGUGUUCGGCGUCGCCGCCGCCCCCGGGCUCGGGCUGCAGGGGAAGGGCCAGCUCGUCGCCGUCGAGGCCAUGUUCCUCAUGUCGCUCGCGCUCGCCGCAGCGCACCUCGCCAUGGCGUACCGCGCCAGCUGCCGCGAGCGACGCCGCCUGCUCGUCUACAGAAUCGACGUCGAAGCUGUAAGACUGAAGGGAGGCCAGACACCCAAGGCGCUGAAGCAAUGCAUGGUCUGACGACCAGUCGCUCGUCUGCUCCCCGCGGGCAGCCGGGUGGAAUCCGAAUCUGAACGCACGGCGCGGCAGCAACCGGCCGGCAGGCUUCAGUUCAGACAGACACAGCGCGGGCGGGCCCUGCAUUCGGGUCAGUUCCAGGGCAGGUCCGUGCGGUCCCAAAUUUUGGUUCGAGAAGUUGUGUAUAGCCCGAUCCGAUCGACACGUCCAUGUAAUGUAAUCCCUCACUGUGCCAAAGUGAAAAGCUAGUACUAGUACCACUCUGUAAAUACGUCUGGAACAUCUGUGCUUCGGCCUCCUGCAGCCAAUGCAAAACAGGAUGAGCCGUGCAGCAGAUGCUUGUUGGCCUGGAAUUGUGAGUUCCCGUCACGCGCGGGCAGAUGUGACGAUGGGCGAAUUUAGAUUUGGUUUCAUGGUUCGGUUGGAACUUCAAUUUCUACGUGAAUGAACUAGGGCAGCAUUCAGUCAUUUUUUAGAGAAAAUAAAUUCAGCAGGAUUUGAAUUC